UAUUGAUUUGACCAGAAAAAUGUCGAAUGUAAUCGAUCCAAUAAAGCUCCUGACUGAUAAAGGUGAUCGCCAGCCGUCGUUUUUGAAUGGCAUAUUUAAUCCAAUAGUGUGCUCCAUACUUGGUUUCGGAUGUGCCGUUUUCAUAAAUUGGGGUUUGAGGAAACCACCAUUUUCUGGUAUACAGAAUCAUCUAGCUUUUUCCGGUAUUGGUGGCGGCCUGGGUUUGUAUUUCGACAAUAAGCGCAACGAACAUCUUGCCAAACGUGAUGCUGUGCUGAGGCAUUAUAUCGAACUGCAUCCCGAUGAUUUUCCACCAAAAGAGCGCACGAAGUACGCUGAUGUGCUGGAAGCUUGGGUGCCAAUCCGAUAAAGAUGGAAUAGCCAGCUGGGCCAAUAAUAUUUGUAAUCACUGCAAAGAUGCAAACGAAAAUAAUUUGUAUAAAUCAUCUUUAUUGGAUGUUCGAAGUAUAACUAGUGAUCAAUAAAAAGUUGAAAAAGAAGUAAAUAUGCAUACAUACGUACAUAUUUACAUAUAAAGAUAAAAA